AUGGCCUGCUCCGCAUCCCUCGCUGGCCCCGUCGAUGCCAACGGGCCCGGCAGCGCCGCGUCUUCCACCGCCUCGUCCAUCAUCAAGCCGGGCGGCGGCUCUGGACAGAGCAAAUGCUUCGAGUGCGACGGCGUCUCGUGCUGCUGCAUCCCGAUCCCAAAACCUAAAACAAACGCCUAA